AUCCUGUGCAUGGGCCACAGAACGUAGAAGUUGUUGAUAUUCGCUCCCGGCAACUGACGUUGCAGUGGGAGCCCUUUGGUUACGCAGUGACCCGCUGCCACAGCUACAAUCUCACUGUCCAGUACCAGUAUGUGUUCAACCAGCAAAAAUUUGAGGCAGAGGAGCUCAUCCAAACUUCUUCUCACUACACCUUGCGAGGUCUUCGGCCCUUCAUGACCAUCAGGCUGAGGUUAGCCCUCUCUAACCCAGAGGGCAAAAUGGAAAGUGAGGAGCUGGUGGUGCAGACUGAGGAAGACGUUCCUGGACCUGUUCCCUUGGAAUCCAUCCAGGGAGGACCUUUUGAAGAGAAGAUCUAUGUUCAGUGGAAGCCUCCAAAUGAGACAAAUGGCAUCAUUACACUCUAUGAGAUUACCUACAAGGCCGUUGGGUCUCUGGAUCCCAGUGCUGACCUGUCCAGCCAAAGAGGGAAAGUCUUCAAACUAAGGAAUGAAACCCAUCACCUCUUUGUAGGAUUAUACCCAGGGACUACGUACUCGUUCACCAUCAAAGCCAGCACAGUCAAGGGCUUUGGGCCACCCAUCACAACACGGAUUGCUACUAAGAUUUCAGCACCGUCGAUGCCAGAAUACGACACGGACUCCCCCCUGAACGAGACUGACACUACCAUCACCGUGAUGCUGAAGCCUGCUCAGUCCCGGGGAGCUCCUGUCAGUGUCUAUCAACUUGUUGUCAAGGAGGAGAAGCUGCAGAAAGCACGGAGAGCUGCAGACAUCAUCGAAUGCUUCUCUGUCCCCGUGAGCUACAAGAACGCUUCCAGUCUUGACUCGCCCCACUACUUCGCAGCUGAGCUGAAACCCAUCAACCUGCCUGUCACACAGCCCUUCACAGUGGGCGACAACAAAACCUACAAUGGCUACUGGAAUGCUCCACUGUCUCCCCUGAAAAGCUACAGCAUAUACUUCCAGGCUCUUAGCAAGGCAAAUGGAGAAACAAAAAUCAACUGUGUCCGGCUGGCAACAAAAGGCGCUUCCACCCAGAAUUCCAAUGCAGUGGAACCAGAAAAACAAGUUGACAGCACAGUGAAAAUGGCCGGAGUGAUAGCUGGUCUUCUGAUGUUUGUUAUUAUCCUCUUGGGAGCAAUGCUUACGAUUAAGAGAAG